GGUAGUGUUUGUGUUUCCAGCAGCAGUGUUGGUGUCUUGUAUAAAAGAGGGAGGAGGACACCUUGAACUUACCUCAGACACCAUGAAGCUUCUGGUCUUUGCCCUGUUUGUUGCUGGUGCCUACGGGUGCGGCCUGCCCACAUUCCCCCCAAUCGUCACCAGGGUGGUCGGGGGAGAGGAUGUCCGUGUGCACAGCUGGCCCUGGCAGGCGUCUCUGCAGUACAAGAGUGGCAACAGCUUCUACCACACAUGUGGCGGCACCCUCAUCGCCCCCCAGUGGGUGAUGACGGCAGCUCACUGCAUCGGAAGUCGCACCUACAGAGUGCUACUGGGAAAACACAACAUGCAGGACGACAACGAGGCGGGUUCCCUGGCUAUCAGCCCUGCCAAGAUUAUUGUCCACGAGAAAUGGGACUCCUCCAGGAUUCGUAAUGACAUCGCCCUGAUCAAGCUGGCCUCCCCAGUGGACGUCUCCGCCAUCAUCACACCGGCCUGUCUUCCUGACGCUGAGGUCCUCCUGGCUAAUGGCGCUCCUUGCUACGUCACUGGCUGGGGACGUCUUUGGACCGGAGGUCCCAUCGCGGACGCCCUUCAGCAGGCUCUCCUCCCAGUGGUCGAUCAUGCCCACUGCUCCAGGUACGACUGGUGGGGCAGCCUGGUGACAACCAGCAUGGUGUGCGCCGGAGGAGACGGAGUGCUGGCUAGCUGCAACGGAGACUCUGGUGGACCCCUGAACUGCCAGAACGCUGAUGGGUCCUGGGACGUCCACGGAGUGGUGAGCUUCGGCUCCAGCAUGGGCUGCAACUACCCCAAGAAGCCCUCCGUCUUCACCCGUGUGAGCGCCUACAUCCCCUGGAUCAACAACGUGAUGACCACAUACUAAGAAGUGGAUUUGGCGGUGCCAUUACAUGGAUGUUUUGAUUGAUCUACAAUAAAACAAUUGAACUAAAAAA